AUGGAGUUAUCUGCACGAUCUGCGUAUAGAGGUCAGGUAACAAAAAUUGUGAAAAAUGCUACGGAUUUUCUCGACAAUGAAAGCUCUCAACUCAAUUCAACAAAUGACCUGGAUACCAUUGAGGAAGAAAUUGUUCAAUUUGUCCAGCGACUGACGUUAGCCCAUGAAAGUCUCAAUGCUGUUAACAAAGAUGUGCAAACUAAAGGUCUUCUCAAGACAGAUGAACUAGACAGGGAAUUUGAAAGGGUCAGCGAAUAUGAAGACUCGGCAAUAGGUGUUCUUUCUCGUCUAAAUUCUCGUCUCCAGAAAGUCAGAAACAAGCUUAACCCACCCACAAAUAAUACAUCAAGAUCGCCUCUCAACAAUUCAUCAUCUCAUAAUAAUAAUUCUAAUUAUUCCGUUAAACUUCCCAAAUUGCAGCUUAAAAAAUUCGAUGGCAAUUAUCAUGAGUGGUUAUCGUUUUGGGAGCAGUUCCGAACGGCUGUUCACGAAAACGGAAAUUUAACAUCAUCCGACAAAUGCAGUUAUUUGGAAUCUGUGUUAACUGGCAGCGCAAAAAAUGUCAUCGGUGGAUUUACAGCUUCAGGUAUGUGUUAUGAAGCCGCUAUCUCUCUCCUACAAGAACAAUUUGGUGACGUAGAACGUUUGGUGGAUAAAAAUAUGCAGCAAUUACUUUCCCUUCGCUCCGUCCACCAAAGAACAGAUGCAGCUGGCCUUCGCAAUUUAUAUAAUUCUAUAACAUCAUGUUGUCGCACACUAACAGCUUUGCAAAUACCUACCCAUCAUUACCACGUCAUGCUGAAAACAAUAUUGCUUCGUUGCUUGCCUUCAGAACUGCGAGUGGAUUAUUAUAGAGUAGUGGAAAGAGAUGAACAAGAACAUGCUACUGAAACAAAAGAAGAUGAUGACUCGAGUUCCACAACCUCUUUGCAAAUUGGAGAUAAGCAAGUGAAAGACAUAAUGCGUUUUCUGAAAAGAGAGGUUGAAUCUUUGGAAAGAAGUAUUGUUGUCUCAUCCCUAAAUUCUUCUUCGAACAACAGACAUUCUUCUUCGAACAACAGACAUUCUUCUUCGUCUCACACAACUGCAUCGAGCUUAGUGUCAUUGAAUGAGAAAAACAUGUGUGCAUUCUGUUCGUCAGAAAAGCAUUUAACCGAAAAUUGUGACUGUUCUUUAUCAAUAACGGAGAAGCGAGAUAUUUUAAGAAAGAGUGGUCGAUGUUUUCGCUGUGCCAACCGAGGUCAUUCUUCGAAGAAGUGUCGUAGUGCUAAAUGGCUGUCGUGUACAAAGUGCCAAGGUAAACAUUUAACUUCGUUGUGCGACCCUUCAUUCGCCGGUCAAGGAAACUCGAAAUCGGAAAAUAAAGCUGUGAAUCUCUGUGCUGGUAAUUCGGUUGUAAUGCCAGAAGAUCCAAAACAAAAUUUAGUUUUGCCAAGCGCAACAAAUCUGUGCGCGUAUAAUUCUUGUUUUAACAACACAAAUGUUUUUUUGAAGACAGCCCGUGGCAUUGCCGUAGCCCCGAAUAAAAAUAAAUCACUUCUUUUACGAUUAAUAAUUGAUGGCGGCAGUCAAUACUCCUAUAUUCGAGAGGAUUUAGCGCGAAAACUUGAUCUUUCAUGUGCGGGCGAAGUCGAUUUUUCUCUAAUACCGUUUGCUAAUUCAACAAACAAACGAAUCAUCUUGGAAGCUGUGGUUGUGCCAGAAAUUUGUAUCGAUGUUUUGAGUGCACCUGAUGCAUCGUGUACCUUCCUUCAGGAUUUGCAAUUGGCUGACAGUUGCCAUGCAGAUGUCGAGGCAGCAAAUGGAUUGGGUAUGCUCAUCGGCUCAGACCAUUACUGGUCUGUGGUAUCAGGCAAGCAGAAACGAAUUUCUUCCGGAUUAAGGGCAGUCGAAACAAUUUUCGGUUGGACACUGCAGGGAUCGCAUUCUACCGGUAAGGCUUUUGAAUUCCAAAAAGACUCAUGUUCUCCUUCUUUGUAUAGCACCACUCUGCAUCUGUCUGCGCUUAGCUUGAAAGACUAUACUUCUUUUUGGUCACUGGAAGCCAUUGGAAUUCGAGGUGAAGAGGAAGAAAAUGAGCACUUAGCUGAUGAAUUGAUUCAACAGUGCAUUUCCAAAAACGGUCAACGUUACCAAGCUUCUCUACCAUGGAAGCAUCCGGAUGUUGUAGUUAACAGCAACAAGGCACAAGCAUUAACGAGACUGAAGUCACUUCGCACUCGGUUGUCCAGACAUCCCGAACAAUACCAACAAUAUGAUGCAGGUAUACAACAACUUCUUCAAGACGGUGUAGCUGAACCGAUUCCACCUCCAAACGAUGGCGAUUUGCGUCGUGUCAUCUACUUACCUCAUCGCCCAGUGUAUAAAGCUGAAAGUACAACUACAAAGAUGCGGAUCGUGUUCGAUGCCUCAGCACGGAGUGAAUUCUCGCCCUCGUUAAACGAUCUUCUUCACGUUGGAGCUAAUCUACUUCCCGAUGUUUUAAAGAUCCUUUUGAACUUUCGCCUUGGACGGUAUGGGAUCGUGGCCGAUGUAGAGAAGGCCUUUCUUCAAAUCGAGCUCAACAAGAAGGACCGUGACAGCCACAGGUUUUUAUGGUACAACACUGAAGAGGGAAUCGCCGAAUAUCGGAUGACGAGAGUUACUUUUGGCGUGAAUUGCAGCCCUUUCUUGCUGACAGCAACCUUGCGAUUUCAUCUGAAAAACGAGAUCCAGUUUCAGCCUACAUGCAACAUUUUGAUGAACAGUUUUUACAUGGACGAUUUCGCUGCAAGCUGUAAUACUGAAGAAGAAGGUAAGCGCAUUGGUGAGGAAGCUGUGUUGGUGAUGAGAAACGCAAGCAUGAAUCUCAGGAAGUGGAACUCUAAUAGUGAGCUAGUUCGUAACGCUCUUUGCCCAGGUGAGUCCACUAUUAAACAAAAAGUACUAGGACUAUCGUGGUAUGUUGGAAGCGAUGAAAUUGCCGUGCCGUUAGAUUCGUUACAAAAUUUGCUGACAUCCAAUUUAGUUAAGGGCACGAAACAAAACGUUCUACAAGCAAUUGCUAGAAUCUACGACCCUCUUGGCAUGCUUGGACCUGUCGUGGUGAGACUUAAAAUUCUAUUUCAAUGCAUCUGGCGAGCAAAACUGUCUUGGGACGAGGCUCUUACUCCAGAUCUUAUGCUUCUUUGGGAAGAUUGUGUAAAAAAUUUACAUCAGUUAAAAGAUUUUGCUAUUCCACGGGCAGUUAUUUAUUUUUCACAUUUUAACAAAAUAAAUAUUCACAUCUUUGCAGAUGCUAGCAUGAAGGCGUAUGGAACUGUUGCUUUCAUUAAAAUCGUUGGCGAUGAUGGUGAAGAGAGUGUUGCUUUCCUUUGUGCAAAAAAUCGAGUUGCACCGCUCAAAAUAGAUGGAAUAAAAGAACUGUCCCUUCCAAAGCUGGAACUAACGGCAGCAUUGUUAGCAGCUCGACUGUGUGCUUACUUAAAACAGUCUCUUAAAGUUGUGGUACACAAGUUUUUCCUCUGGACCGAUUCCAGAAUUGCGCUUGGCUGGAUUCAGGGUGAUGCUAAUCGUUGGAAGCCGUACGUGCAGAGCCGAGUCACUGAAAUCCGUCAUUUAACGUCAGUAGCAGACUGGAGGCACUGCAAAGGAAAGGAGAACCCCGCCGACCUUCUCACCCGAGGAGUCACCGCACAAAACUUACUGAAUUCAUCUGUAUGGGCGCAUGGACCAACCUGGCUAAAAGGCGACAUAAGUUUCAAUGAUGAAGAGAUCGAGUCUGGUUUUCAAAGCUUAGCACCAGUGGCUCUUUUGGCACCCGUUUUUGCUCCCGCAGAAACCUCACCUGAACCUUUGUUGCCAUACAAGGAAUUCAGCUCUUGGAAAAGUUUGUUACGACGCACAGCUUUUAUCUUACGUGCAGUAGAGCUGUACAAACUGAAAGAAAACCUAGAAGUCCUAGCAGAACCCCCAUUCGAAUUUUCUGAGUUCACUACCAGCGAACUAGAAGCAGCUGAAUUAUAUUGGCUAAGGUAUUUACAAAAUAUUUCAUUUUCUAACGAAAUUUUGUAUUUGCAGAAAGAGAAGUCUGUUCCAAAAACUUCAAAGAUAUCUCAACUAUGUCCCUUUCUUGACGAUAAUGGUUUAAUGCGGUUGAAAGGUCGUCUUCAGUUGUUAGAUGUGCCACUUAACCAAAAACAUCCCAUCAUCCUACCGAAGUCGUAUCUGGUCAAGUUAAUAAUCGAUGAUUACCACCAAAGAACUUGUCAUGGAGGUACGAACGUCGUCCUAUGCAAAUUGCGUGAGCUGUUUUGGAUUUUAAAAGGGCGUCCAUUUAUUAAAGUAAGAAUUAAAACUUGCAUCAUUUGCCAGAAACUUUUUGCCAAACCCGUGUCUCAGCCGUUUGGGCCUUUGCCAAUUGAACGCAUAACGAUGUCAAGGCCAUUUGAAUGCGUCGGCGUAGAUUUUGCUGGGCCUCUCUUCUAUUUGGAUGAAUCUUCAAACCAGAUGAACAAAAGUUAUUUGAUGGUUUUUACUUGUGCUGCCAUCCGAUCCGUCCAUCUGGAGGUUGUAACUAAUAUGACAACGGAAAGCUGUAUAAUGGGACUGAGACGAUUUAUAGGUCGUAGAAGUGCUCCUACAACGAUCUAUUCAGACAACGCCAAGACUUUUCGAAGAGCUGCUUUAGAGCUCACUAAUACAAACCAAGUACCGGACGACAACCUUGUGCAAAACUUUCUAACCCAUAGACGCAUACAUUGGAAGUUUAUUGUCGAGCGAGCCCCCUGGUGGGGAGGAUUUUGGGAACGAUUGAUACUAUCUAUUAAAAACAUAUUAAAAGUAGUCAUCGGAAAAGCGAAGUUAACCCUGGAACAACUUCGUACAGUGAUCAUAGAAGCGGAGGGAAUGGUGAACAUUCGCCCUCUAACCUACGUCAGCAGUGAUCCUUUGGAUAUUUCACCACUUACACCCGCUCACUUCAUACAUGGCCAUGGGAGUCUUGCAAAUUCCCAAAAUCUUGUGACGUCUUCUGAUAUGCAGCAACUUUGGGCUCAACGUCUUAAGAUAACGAAUAUGCUUUGGUCUCGCUGGCGUACUGAAUACGUUCAACUGCUGCGAUCAUUUCACCACAGUCAAGGACAUUCUUCAAAUCAACUCAAGUCAAAUGAUGUAGUUCUGGUAUUUGACUCUGCGAAACCUAGAAUUGCAUGGAAGUUAGCUGUGGUCGAAGCAGCCUUUAUUGGACGUGACGGAAAGGUAAGAGCUUGUGAAAUUCGUUACGCUGAUGGAUCGAAAACUCGAAGACCUGUACAGCUGCUUUACCUUUUGGAACUCACAUCAUUGCCCCGCGCUGAGGAUGUUGAAAAUUAUUGA